UUGUUUCACUCAAAACACUGCCUGAUGGGAGGAUACAGGAAAGUGGGGGAACAAAACGUUAAGAUUGGAAAAAAAAAACGUGCACAAAACACGUCACGCUUAUUUCCCACGUUCAUUAGCGGCAGCUCUUCCAGGGCGCAAGAUUGCCCCUGUCCGCUUCGGUUUGGCGUGUGAAGGGUUAACGGUGCAGGCCGGAAAGGCAGGGGCGGGAUGGAAGGCGGGACUUUUGCUUGGGGGGGGAAGUUUGCUCCAGCGCGAUGGCCGGAGUGGACUGUAUCCUGAAACUCGGAGGGAGCGCCUUGACGCAGAAGGACCAGCUGGAGACGCUGAAGGGGGCGUCGCUGCGGAAGGCGGCGGCCAUUGUCGCUCAGCUCCGCGGGGCCGGAGAGAAGCGCUGCAUUGUCGUGCACGGAGCAGGCUCCUUUGGACAUUUCCAAGCAAAGGAACAUGAUGUAUGCUCAGGAACCUCAAAAGGAUCAGCUGUGAGUGAGAGUUUGAGACGGGGACUGUGCUUGACCAGGCUUUCUGUCACCAAGUUGAACCAUCUGGUGACUGAAGAAUUUGUAAGCUGUGGAAUUCCAGCAGUGGGCAUUUCGCCUUUUGGAACCUGGAAAACAGCAUGCAAGGGUGUCAGCCAGCCUGGCAUUGAUGCAGUGAAAGAUGUUUUAGAAGCAGGUUACGUUCCAGUUUUACACGGUGACUGUGUGCUCGACUCAGAAAGGCACUGCUGCAUCUUAUCUGGAGAUACAAUUGUUGAGGUUCUAGCUAUGAAAUUCUCUCCUAAGCGAGUUAUUUUUCUCACAGAUGUGAGUGGAAUUUAUAGCUGUCCACCCGGCACUGCAGGUGCUAGGCUUGUGGAUUUCAUUACUGUUCGCCCGGAUGGAACUAUGGAUCCAGCCGUACUCACAUCUGUGCGGCCACAUGAUACUACUGGAGGUGUAUCCUUGAAAUUACAAACUGCUGUAAAUAUAGUUUCUCAUAGCCGUGGAGCCAUUCCUGUUCUGAUCUGCAAACUGGACAGUGAAGCAGCAGAGAAGGCUUGCUUAACCGGAGAACUGAAGGAGGAUGAAGGCACAAAGUUUUCUUUCAUAGAAGCAUAAAGACAUAUCUGCAGGAGUUUUGAGAUCAAGCCAAAAGAGACUUUCACCAUGGAAAUAUAAUCUGGAUGAUGCAUUCUAUUGUGUAGAGUACAGUGUGCUUUAACGUGAGGUUCUGGGGCUAGAGCUCUGAUUUAAUAGAUAAAGGUUAGCCCUGAGGCUUUAAAUUCUAAAUACUUACAAAGAGGUGGCAUUUUUCAGCUCUAUUUCUGACAAUAAAGUUGAUCAUCAUUGUUAACAUUGUCUUCUAAUUAUUUUGGGCAACCUUGCUAAAUCCUCUCCUCAAAAAAUCCUGCAAUGAAAUUAUGGCUGAAAUCCUAUUGCUUUAUAUAGUAAAUCACACUAGAGUAGGCCCAUUUGAAUCAGCAAAAAUUGUGGGGGAGUUGACUCACCAAAUCCGCAGUGAUUCAGUGGCCCUACUUGAAUGUGACUUACUACCCUACAGGUUUUCAGCUGCGGAGUACUUGCAUAGUAUCAGACGCUUCAGUCUUCAGAAAUGAUUUGUGACAAAAAUUAGUGUGACAGCUUUAGUUACAAUGGCCUUAGGAAUCUAACACUUGUGUUCAGUCUCAGUUUAAAAUCAUUGACCCCUUCACUGAUUUCUGUGAGUAGUUUUCCUUUCUACCCCGGGGGAUAUUUUAAAGUAGCUCCUUGUUGUGAAGCAGGAAAUGGCCUAUUUGGAAAACAUUUUCAGUGUCAAUAACGGAUAGAAUUUUGAAUGCCAGAAACGGGCAGUGCCAUUUCACAGGACAUUGGAGCAACCAGUGCCAAUUUCAGUUAGAAAAUACCAUUUUGUUUUUAAAUGUUGUUUUUCCUUUUCCUUUUUCUGCCGUUUGUAUUCUUUAAUAGAAUACAAAUGGCAAAAAACCCUAAUCUCAUUGCACAGCAGUUGUGUGCAUUUCCACAUGGCCCAGAACUGAAGUGAGAAGUCUUUAAUUGGUAUCAGUCUAAUAUAUGUAAGAUCAGAUCCAAAACGGUCCACCUUUUUAGAUUCUUGCAUGAAUUAGAUUGCCACCAGUUGCAGAGUUCCAGCUUCUCUUCUGAGUUGCACAUAAAGCCACCUAACUCAUGCACAAUGAGGUUACAGUGGUGCCUCGCAAGACGCAUGUCUUAUGCAAUGAAAAACUCACAAGACGAAGGCAUUUUGAGAUUUUUUUGGUGACUCGAAAGAUGCAUUUUUCUAUGGCUGUAUUUCGCAAGACGAAUUUUUUCCUUUUUUGGU